CUUUAAUAAAUGUAUCUGGCUUACUAGUGCUUCUUUCCAAGAAAAAAAAGUGGCACACCACCAAAGCACCAGUUCCCAGUUCUUUCCUUUUCCACUCUUUUUCUUGAAAUUCAGUUGGAUUUGGCUAGAGGUGAAGAAUUAACUGUGAAGUUUAUAAAUUUGAAGCACCAAUUUUGUAAGUGUUUGCACUUCGUAUAAUUUGAGAAGCUUUUGUUUCUUACACUGAUGGAACCUUUGAGCUAUGGUUUGGAAGGGAGAGGUUUUCUGUUUCCUGAUAAUGUUGAACUGUCUGUUGACACAUUUUCAAGAAGUAGAAAUACUGUAAAGGAUUGGAAUUUGAACCCUUUUUGUGAUGUUGAUAAACCCAUUUGUGGCCCUAGCCAAGAAAUAACUGAAAGCACGGGGUUCUUGGAAUCCGGUAUUGCUGAUAUUUUUAAGAAAUCAGCAGCCAGUAACCCGUGCCCGGGAGCUUUAAGUGGUGAAAUAGGUAAUGGUUCUAUGUUGGAACUUGGAGCCAUGUUUAACCGUAGUGCUACUAAAUCUUGUAAUCCGAUGUCAUUACCAAUUGGUUUGAAAUUGGACGAGUUGACUGAUUAUGGAGAAGUAAGAACUAGUCAAUCCUCGAAAGAAAGUUCGGUUCUUUCUUCACCAGAAUCUUCAUUGCCAACUGGUGAAGCGGCCAAAAGAAAGAGUUUGCAUUCUCAGUUUCCUAUCUCUCAGGUUCGUGGUCAGAAGGAGGACGAGUCGAUUGCAUAUAGGGAAGUCAAGAGUAAUCAAUCCUUAAAGAGAAACUCGGCUUUGUCGUCAGUCAAUUCAUCACUGCAGGGAAAAAGACUACGGACUACAAAUUUGCAUUCUGAGGUUCCUUUCUGCCAGGUUCAUGGUUGUAACAAGGACCUGAGCUCGUCAAAAGACUAUCACAAAAGACACAAAGUAUGUGAUGAACACUCAAAAACUGCUAUAGUUAUCGUUAAUGGCAUUGAGCAAAGGUUCUGUCAGCAGUGUAGCAGGUUUCACUUAUUGGCAGAAUUUGAUGAAGGUAAACGCAGCUGUCGCAAACGCCUUGCAGGCCAUAAUGAGCGGCGAAGAAAGCCUCAAUUUGAUACUCACUGGGGUUCAAGAUUCUUGGAUAUGACACAAAGGAGAGUUCCAUUUCUUUUCCCAGAAAUACUUCCUGGUAGUUUCUUUUAUCAAGAGAAUUAUGAAGUGAAUAACAAUAACCAGCACCUUAAAUUAGAACGUAAGCCAUUCUGCAUAUCUCAAUUGGCUAUGUCAGUCACAAGCGGGCAAUCCCCUGCGGAAAGCAUCCAACAUCAGUACGGAGUGAGAAAACAAGAUCUAUCCAAAGUUCCGGUUGGGUCGACAUUAUUAUCUGUUCAAGAAUUUUCUGCAGGGCAGAACUCCUCUUGUGCUCUCUCUCUUCUGUCAGCCCACUCACAAAACCUUCUACGCAAUUCAACCGGCAUUUCACCAACUCCGCUGUGGAUGGUUAAAGGAGAUGAUCAUGCCUACAUUAAAGAUGAUCAUCAUAAUCUUGCAAAAUCUCCCAGUAUAAGUGUUCCUGAAAUGCAGAGAGACGGACAUGAUCAAGGAGCAAACUCUAUGAAUUCCAAGAAUUGCCUUUCUCCAGUAGGCGGGCCGACCAUGGAUUUAGUGCAGUUGUCUUCGCACCUGCUAAGGGUUGAACAGCAGAAAAAUUCUGUCCAAGUGAAGCAGGAAAAUGAUAUCUUUAGUUCUUUUGCUUCCACUUGAGCCUGAAGGGUCAACAUCUGAAAUGAAGAUUCCGAAGAUAAGGAGGAGAUUAAACUAAUUCACAAGUGGCCUUUCCAACAAGUCAAAUGGCAAAGGCAGAUUAAUAAAUGAUUGAUAUCAGUAUAUCUUUUGUAAGUGUCAGCCAUAGCUUUAUAUUUAUUUCCUAUCAUACAUCAGUUGUUCGUUUCAAUAGAUCCAUUUCGUCGAAACAGUGCUCUUUUAUUUUAAUAGUCGGUGUUAUAUUUCCAAGGAAUCUUGCAGCAUGUACUGCUGUUUAAGAAGAAAAUGGUAUCAGAAGGAUAACAUUUCUUGUGUGUAAUUUGUAUAUAGCAUCUCUUUUAUGUUAGGUGGAAAUGUAAAAACCCCUUGAGUUAUAGCGACUUGCCUUUAUCAUGACAGAUAAUAGCUUCACUUUUACAUCA